CACUUCCUUGAUUUUCUCUCUUUCUCUUUCUUUCCUCUCUGCUGUUUCUCCUCAUUUGACACCCAAGAAAACCAGGAGGGAAAAACAAAGGAGGACAUAAUCAGAUCUGAAUACAUAAUUCAUCUGAUCAAUUGAAAGAGAAAAAGAGAGAUUUGGAUAUUGUUAAAAAAAAGAUGGCGGUGGUUUCACCUCUAGCAAAGUAUAAAUUGGUGUUUUUAGGGGAUCAAUCCGUUGGAAAAACCAGCAUCAUCACGCGUUUCAUGUAUGAUAAAUUUGAUACGACUUAUCAGGCCACCAUCGGGAUUGAUUUUCUAUCAAAAACAAUGUACCUUGAAGAUAGAACGGUUCGCUUGCAGCUCUGGGAUACAGCUGGUCAAGAGAGAUUUAGAAGCCUUAUUCCAAGCUACAUUAGAGAUUCUUCCGUAGCUGUGGUUGUCUAUGAUGUUGCCAAUCGACAGUCAUUUUUGAAUACAUCAAAGUGGAUUGAGGAAGUUCGCACCGAACGAGGAACUGAUGUGAUUAUUGUUCUUGUUGGGAACAAAACUGAUCUUGUUGAUAAAAGGCAAGUUUCUAUAGAAGAAGGAGAUGGGAAGGCCCGUGAGUUCGGGGUGAUGUUCAUAGAGACCAGUGCUAAAGCAGGUUUCAAUAUUAAGCCUCUGUUUCGAAAGAUUGCUGCUGCAUUGCCUGGUAUGGAGACACUUUCGUCCACAAAACAGGAAGACAUGGUUGAUGUGAAUUUGAAGCCUACUGCAAACUCAUCGCAAACAGAACAGCAAGGGGGAGGUUGUGCAUGCUAGAUGUUUUUACUCUCUAGAAGUAGCAGCAGGAAGAAGAUGGAAAACCUUAGUAGUUGCAUGAACCUAGAUGUGGUUUUGGAAACUAAUUAAUUCCCUUUAUGUGGAAAUUGGAGCAAUUUUGGAGUUCUUCGCCCAGCACAUUACCUUGUUUUGUCAAGUUAAGAGACGGAGGAAGAUGACCACGAUCUUUCCUAGAAUACUUAGGUUUACUCAGGAUGCUAGCUUAUGCUGUUACAGCUCUACUCUCUUGUCUAAUUCCAUUAUAUUCCCCUUGUGUUGAUCUUGAUUUGAUUUAGAAAAGGCAUAUGAUUCUUGUGUCU